GGAAGCCGCCAGAACAGAAGCAAAAGAUGAGCCAAGUAGAGAGCAGCGUAGCCCCGACGAAGGCCGGCUCCAUGAGCGACCUCAAGCGCGAUAGCUCGUUGAAGAUGACCGGCAACGACGGCAAGGUCGACACGCUCACGAAGCCGGGCUCGACGACGGACCUCGGCGGCUCGAGCAAGAACCUGACGCGCAUCCCGUCCAUCACGAAGCGCGACCUUGGCAGCAAGUCUGGCAUUGAGAUCCGCUCCAUGGCCGAGGACAACAAGCCAUCUGCCAUCGUCGCCAGCUCGGUCGUGGCCGUGUCGGCCGUGGAAGCUCCCGCCAUCGCGAAGGAAGCUACGGUCUCUCCGUCAGUCGACGUGGCGCCUUCCGCAGCCAAGGUCGAAGUGACGCCCAUCGUCACCGACGCGGCCAGUACAGUCCCGGCCGUCAAGAUUGGCGACCGGAUCAGCCUUCAUGCGGCGUGUCCCGGGGCUCCCGGUGACGGUGGUCUUUUGGCCUUCGUCCAAGAAGGCAAGGGAAAGUCUGCGCAGCGCGUACUGGCCGUCCCACCGACCCAAGGCGAGGCCCACCAAGCUGUUUUCAUUAUCGCACCACUGGUUGGUACUGCCGCUGCAUCGGAGCUCAAGUACAACCAGCAGUUCUUUCUGCACGUGGUGGACGCCAAGGGUGGCGUGCAGUCGCUCAACAACGACCCGCCAGGCGCCGGCGACUUUAUCGGACUCCAGAAGGCGGGCGCAAAGGGCGAGAUGACGUGCUACUUUUCCAAGCCCAACAGCAGCGGGGUGGUCAAAUUCGAUGAUGCGGACCUUGUCAUUACGGUCCACGACUCGAACCGUACCCGAAAGCACUUCAACAACGCCAUGACCUACUACAAGCGGCUCAAGGGGACGCCAGGAGGGUACCUCUCGAGUGCCAAGAAGGGCACACCGGUCACGUUCAGUGUUCGCCAAGCCGAUAACAGCAUCCCGCCCCUCACACCGACGUCUCCCGUGGCCAGAGACAGCGUCACCAACGCGUCGCGGACGAGCACUGUCGAAAAGGCAGACCUCGAGGCCGCCGCCGCCGAGGCCAAGCUUGCGGUGGAGAUUGCGCAGCCGCAAGAGACGUACGUGGCGCCCGAGAUUGUCCUGACGCCAACCAAGGCCAGCGUGCUCAAGCAAGAGAGCAGUGAUGUUCGCGACGAAGAAGUCAUCAAGAUGGACAACUCGUCGAGCGUCAUUCAAAACAACGAAAAGACCGCGGUGAUAGCUGACGGCCCAGUCGUUGUCGCGCCGCCGACAGUGUCGCCGCACUUGGCAGCAAUGAAGCCAGUUGCACGAGCGGCCCCAACGGCGCCAAAGAGCCUCGUCGUCGACCACACCAAGACGUCACGGGCCGAGACCGCGUACGAUGACGACAACGGCGCGUCACCCGCAGCUUGCGCAGGCGGCCAGUGCUGCACAAUCUCGUAGAGUUGAACAAAGCACACACACCGAGAUUCGGUACCUUGCAUAACCUUCUAUCAACUAGAAUUACACUUAUUCAUGACCUUA